AUGUGCUAUCCGAGCGUUUCCAUAUCUAUCUUUGUUUCUGAUAUUUUAUUUAUCUAUCUUUCUUUCUCUUACUUUAUCAAUCUAUCUAUCUAUUUUCUUUUUUUCCUUGUCUAUCGAUCUAUCUAUCGAUCGAUCUAUCUAUCUUGCUGUUCUCUUCAUAUCUAUCUAUCUAUCUAUAUAUCUAUCUAUCUAUCUAUCACAUUGUCUUUAUUAUAUAUCCAUCAAAGGCAACUUAGUGGAGGCUUUUGUUUCAAAAUUUGUAAACACUGUCGACUCCCCCCUCUCUCUUUCUCUCUCUCUCUCUCUCUCUCUCUCUCUCUUCCUUCCACCAACCCUGAACAACUUUGUCUCUCUCUCUCUCUCUCUCUCUCUCUCUCUCAUUACUUUAUCUCCAUAUAUCUCCCUGUUUCUGUCUCUGGGAACUUUUUUUUUAUAUCUUCAUCUAUCUAUCUAUCUAUCUAUCUAUCUAUCUAUCUAUCUAUCUAUCUAUCUCAUUCUCUUCAUAUAUAUCUAUCUCAGUUACAACACUUUGUUUUUCCUUCAUUAUCUAUCUAUCUAUCUAUCUAUCUAUCUAUCUAUCUAUCUAUCUAUCUAUCUAUUAAAGACAUUUUUAUGAUUCAUUUAUUUUUUUGCUUUUCUUGGUCUCUCUUUCUAUAUAUCUUUUCCAUUCUCUAUUCUCCCUUACUUUUUUCUUUCUUACUCUUACCUUUCUAUCUAUCACUUUCCUAUCUCUCCAUCUCUCUCUUUCUCUCGCUUCCCUUUUCUUUUACUACUUUCAGUUCCCUUUCUUCCUCUAUUUUCGAACUUUCUCUUUGCCACCUCCCUCCCUUCAUUGUCCCUUCAAUAUAUGUCUUUCUUUCAUUAUUCUUAUAUUCUCUCUCACUACUCUGUUUUCUCUCUCUCUCUCUCUCUCUCUUCUUCUCCUUCUUCUUCUUCUUCUUCUUCUUCUUCUUCUUCUUCUUUAUUUUCUUUUUCCUACCUCCUCUCUCUCUUCUUCUUUCAAUUUCCUUCACUUUUGGCCCCUAUCACCCAGUUUCUCUUUCUCCAUCUCUCUUCUCUUGUCUCCUCUCCCUUUCACUUUCCUUUUUUCCACACUUAUUCUUGUCUUCCUUCUUUCUCUUCUUCUCUCCUUUUUCCCACCCACUCUUUCUCUCGCUCUAUUCCCUUUUCCACCUAUCUCUCUCUUCUCUUCCCCUUUCUCUUUGCCACUCUCUUUCAGUUUUGCUCGCACUCUUAAACACUCACUCUUUUAGCUUUCCCUCCCCCUCUUCUCGUUGUAUUUCUUCCUCACACACUCUUCUCGUUUUUUCUUUCUCCUCCUUUUUCUCUUUUCUCCACUAUUUUUCUUUUAUACCCUCACCCUUCCCCUUUUUCUCUGCAUCACCCUUCUCUCUCCCUCUCUCUCUCUCUAUUCGCUUUUAG